AGACGACGACGACGACGACGACGACGACGACAGCGCAACUUGUAGCAGUGAAAAUAUUUAUACAAAUCAUUUUACUGUGUAAAAAUCAAAUUAAUCCAUAAUAAAAUCCAAGUGAAAAUGUGAACGCAGUAUUUGCCAAUGAAAUGAAAUGCAUUUAAAAUGUAUUUCAACGCAAUAACUCGCCGAGAAAAUUUCGUCGUACAGGCAAAAAAGAGCCGAUUUUUAGUGGAGAAAGAAGAAGCAGCAGCAGUGAAGGCAGCAGUAAAAAGCAAUCGUCGACAACGACGACGACGAAUACACGGACAAAGCGCAGUGUGAAUGAAAAGCGUGUAAAGAGAAAACUUGCAAAAAUUACAGCAACAACAACAACAAUCAAGCGAAGCGAAAAGUGUGUUUAGAAAAGAAAUUAAAAACACACGCAUAUACACUCGCACACACUAAAACAUACACAUACUUGUGCAAAUCCAAAUACUAGCGCAACUUUGAGAAUUGGUGCAAAAAAAAUUAAAUAAAAAAAACGUCUACAGGCGCGCGGUUUAAUAAUAAACAGUUAUAUAUAUAUAAACAUAUACAUAUAUAAUUUCAAAUAUAUAUAUAUAUGUUGCGCGAAAACAUAUGAGGGCGCCGCAAAUACGAAAAAUCAAUGAAAUUGUAAUAAAAUUCCGUAUUUUGUGCUCUCUCUUACUCUCACUCGCAAUCCUCCAUCCAUCCCCUGCCCUGCCGCCUGUCACUCUACCCGCCCCGUGAGCGCCCUCUCUUUUUGUGUUGAUUUUGUGAUAAAAUUGCAAUCAGCAGCGAGACCACAACAAUAAAAACAUUUGCCAGCAGCAGCUCAACUACAUAAUAAAUACAAAUACAUAUGCAUAAAUAAUAUCUACGAAAUAGUUUAAUACAAGUGGUUGUGCAAGAAGAAGCAGCAACAAUCAGGCAAAAUACCUGAAAAAAACACAGAAAAAUAAACGGUAAAGCGAAGAAGUGGCGACAGCAGCAGCAAGCAAGUCAAGGCAGCGAGCGCGCUAAAAGUUUAUUGUAAAAAUCAAAGUAGAAGGCAUAAAGUGAUUUUUUUUGCCGUGUGCUUUCGAACGAACGAGCGUUAAACACAACACAUAAAAACAAUAAAAUAUCAAAAUGGUGGAAGCAAUAGAGCGGCGGAGAACGGCUGCGUGAGCAGCGCCGAGAUCUGAGCGCCAAUUAUAAAAAUAACAACAACAACAACAACAGCAGCAGCAGCAGCAGUAGCAACAACAAAAACAGCAAUAAGAAGAGGAAGAGCAGCAGCAACAGCAGAGCAGCAACCAAAAAGCGAAACGAGCGCGCAACAGCCGCUGGAGAAGGCGCAGAGAGAGGAGUAAAUAAAAAAAAAAACAAAAUUUAAAUAAAGUUAAAGUGGAAGUUGGAGAAGUUCCAGAACAACAGCAACAGCAGCAGAAUAAGCGCGAAAAGUGUAACAACAACAACAACAAAUACAUCACAACUAGAUCAACAACAACAACAACAAACAUAAUGUACGGAAAAUCGAAGACAUCCGCCGUGCCGUCAGAUGCGCAGGCCAGAGAAAAACUGGCGCUCUAUGUGUACGAAUAUCUGCUGCACGUGGGGGCCCAAAAGGCGGCACAGACAUUCCUCUCCGAGAUCCGAUGGGAGAAGAACAUAACGCUCGGCGAACCGCCGGGAUUCCUUCACACCUGGUGGUGUGUCUUCUGGGAUCUGUACUGUGCGGCGCCCGAACGUCGCGAUCAGUGCGAUCACAGCUCCGAGGCCAAGGCCUUCCAUGACUACGGCUUCGUCAGCUCCGGCUACGGUGUGAAUGGCAUUGGACCCGGUGGACCACACAAUGCCGGUGGCCCGGCGCCCAGCCCGCUUGGCCAAAUGCCGCCCGGUGGCGAUGGCGGCCCCAUGGGACCCGGCGGACCAAUGGGUCCCAAUUUUUUCCCGAAUUCGACAAUGCGGCCGUCGCCGCCAACGCAUGCCUCGAGUCCACAGCCGCCGCCAUCGCAAAUGAUGCCCGGCCAGCCCCCGUUUAUGGGCGGUCCGAGGUAUCCGGGUGGCCCGCGGCCCGGCGUACGCAUGCAGGGCAUGGGCAAUGAGUUUAAUGGCCCGCCCGGCCAACCGAUGAUGCCGAACAGCAUGGAUCCUACACGACCGGGACCUGGUGGUGGCAUGGGUCCCAUGAAUCCACGCAUGAAUCCGCCACGUGGUCCCGGCAUGGGUCCCAUGGGCUAUGGCGGUACAGGUGGCAUGCGUGGUCCAGCGCCCGGUGGUCCAGGUGGAAUGCCGCCAAUGGGCAUGGGCGGCGGAGGCGGACGACCGCCGCAAUGGCAGCCAAAUGCAUCGGCGCCCAUGAAUGCGUACUCAUCAUCGUCGCCGGGCAAUUAUGGACCUGGACCUGGAUCGAAUGGACCCCCCGGACCCGGCACGCCCAUCAUGCCCUCGCCGCAGGAUAAUACGCAAGGCGGUCCCGUUGGCGGACCCGGCGACAGCAUGUACUCACUAAUGAAACCAGAAUUCCCCAUGGGCGGCGGUCCUGAUGGCGGCGGAGGUGGUGGCGGCCCAGGUGGCAUGGGUCCCAUGGGCGGUGGACCCAAUUCAAUGGGUCCCGUACUUAAUGGCGGCGGCGGCGGACCCGAUGGCACAGGACUGGAUGGCAUGAAGAAUUCACCGGCUAAUGGUGGACCGGGAACGCCGCGCGAGGAUUCUGGCAGCGGCAUGGGCGACUACAAUCUUGGGGGCUUUGGAGGCCCAGGCGAAAACGAUCAAACCGAAUCGGCGGCUAUACUAAAAAUCAAGGAAAGCAUGCACGAGGAAGCUAAACGGUUUGAGAAAGACACAGAUCAUCCGGACUACUUUAUGCCAUAACAACAUCACCAGCAACAGCAGCAUCAGCAACAUCUCAAUACGGUAGCAGCUGCAAUGGCAGCUGUGGUUGCCGCUGCCGCAUCCAACAGCAGCGGGACGAGCAGCUCAACAACAGCAGCAUCAAUAGCAGCAGCAGCGGCGCUUGGUGCGGCAGCCUCCAAUUUGCUGAGUGGCGGCAACAGCGGUGCCAGUAGCAAUAAUAACACCAACAACAACAACGGCAGCAACAGCAGCAACAACAACAGUAGUAACAACAACAACAACCAAUCUGGCAACAAUCCUGGUGCGCAUUUUGCAAAGGAACUCAAUUUCUAAAUAACACGGUAGUGAAAAUCCUUGGUACAUAAGCAUAAAGUAAAAGUAAACAAAACAAAAAAAAAAGAAACAAAAACAAAAAAACGGAAUCAAGUAAAGUAAUUAUUAUAUGUAAUAGUCUAAAAAUCGAGAAAAGCGAAAAACAAAAAGCAAAUAUGUAAAAUUGUAAACCGAACAGCAGCAAAAACAGAAAUUAUAAGCGAUGCAAAAACAAAACCAAUAUUUCAAACUCACAAUUCAAAUUCCAAUUUCAAAAACCGUUUCGAAACGGUUACAAUUGCGACCAGGUGGCAACGCCAGCGGUUUGUGGGCGGUUAAUGAAGAAAUGAAUGUGGAAACAAACAUAAGCAAAUAAUACUUAAAUGUAAUGUUAAAUGCAACAGCAACAACAACAACAAUAAUAAGUUCUUUGUAGCAAGUCUUCUGAUUAGUUUAGUUGCAACAAGUCAACACGAUAGCCUCCAUUUACACACACACACACACGUAUACACAUAUAUAAACAAACACACACUACUCACCCAACACAAACACACAGUCUGUCUACUAAUUUUAGCAAUUUAACAAUUUUUACUUGCGCUUUGCAUUAAUGGAAUAUUUAAUAGCUACACCAUCUAUGUACAUUUUCUGUUUGUGUGAUUUUUGCAUAUACUUAUAUAGAUAUAUACAUAUAUACAAGCUAAGUAUAUAAAUAUUAAUAAUAAUAUUGUAUUGUAGAAAUUUGAGAGAAUGGUAAAAGAAAUGAGAAUUUUUUGUUAAGCAUGUCUUAAAGGCAGCACAACAUUGAGAGGAUGCAACAACAGAAGCAAAAAAAAAAAAAUGGAAGAUAAAAUAUUUAUAAUAUGAAGGAGUUGGGAGUAGAAAGAGAACGAGGAUAGUUAGCAUUAUUAAACAUGUAUGUAUAUGUAGUCUCUUUAACACAAUCACAUCACUGUGGUUGUGUGUUGAGCUGGGAGUUUUAAUUUUGUGUUUUUAAUUUUGAAUUAAACAACAAAUUGUAAACUUCUUCAUGGCACUUUUGUCGUCGUCGUCUUCUUCGCCUUCGUCUUUGUUGUUUGUAGUUUUAUGUUUUAUGCACGAUGUAAAUUGUACUUCUAUAUAUUGUAUCUGUAUCUGUAUUUUGUAUAUUUUUAAAAAACAACAACAACAAAAAUUGUUAAUUAAGUUCCUUCAACUGCCAACUGGCAAAUCGAGCAAUAUUUAUGAUUUAUUCAUUAUUGUGUUUUUUUCUUGGAGAACGACAACAACAACACUUCGUGCACUUGUUUCGAUUUCUGAAUAAAACCAAUUCUUUCGAUGUCGACAUUUUGUGCAUUAGGGCAGCGAAAUAAAACAUGAAUAUAUAUAGUAUAUAUAUAUAUAGUAUAAAUAAAUACUUAUACAGAUUAAACAGAUUGUGGCGCAUUGUAUGCACAUAUUUAUUGCAAAAUAGCUACGCAUAUAUAACUCUAAGAAUUAGCUGUUUAAUAUGCAUAUAACAAAUAUAUAUAUAUACAUAAAAUAUAUAUAUAUAUAUUAAUUAUUAAUUACUUAAAGGCAGCAGGCAACAAAUGUAGCAACCUAACCUAAAUGAAAAGUUUACUUCAACACAAAUAUCACACAGAAAACAAAACAAAAAAAAAGAAGAAAAUACUUAUAAAGCUGUACAAAAGUUAGUUAAUGUUGGCUGUGGCUGCGCAGCUAAUGUUAAUAUUAUGCAUAAAAAUAUAUAUUUGUAGCAUAUACAUAUAUAUAUAUAUUAAAAUAAUAUAAAUAAUAAUUAUAAUAAUAGUAUAUGUCUGUGCUUGCAUCUUUUUCUCGACACAGCACAUUCAAAUUAAUAAGAAAUAAAACCAAGAAUCCGUAGAAUUUAGAUUUCAAUGCUAAUUUAUAAGCGUCAAAUCCGAAACUAAACUAUAAAACACAAAUCAAAAUAAAAUUCUUUACAUUAUAAUAACAGCAAAACAAAAAAAAGAAAAGAGAAAAAAGCAAACACAAAUCAAUUGAUAAAAUAAUUUAACAUAUGGAAAAAAGAAAUGAUAAAAGAAAGAAAUUCUAUUUUAAAUAUUGUAUGUAUAUGUUUAAUGUGUCGGAAUUUGAAAAUAUGUAAGCGACAACAAAUUGAUGACAUGAAUUAUUAUGAUAGAAUUGAUGCGAAGCGAAUGCGAAAGCAACAAAACUUAAAUAGUAUUUAAGUUAAAUUUAUUAUUAUAUAUAUCUGCAACGCUUUAAGUUUUAAGCGUUUCAAUUUGCUGGAUCUAUAUAAAUGUAUGUAAUGUGUAAUGUGGCGCGGCGUUUAGUAAACAGAGAAACAACAAACAAAAAACACAAAAAUGGAAACAGCAGCAACAAAUUGAAACAUUUAAAAACAAAACAGCAAAAAGGUUAAUACAAAAUGGAAAACGACAAAAAAAUUGAAAAAUCCCCCAAUUGAAUAUAUAAAAAUAAUAAUAUAAAAAAAAAAUACAAAACAAAAAACACAAAAAAUUAUGUUUAAAUAAGUAUUUUAGU